AUGGCUUUUUUUUGUCCGAAUUGCCACAAUAUUGUUUUAGUUCAUGUUGAAAAUGGAGUAUACCUUUACUGUAAAACAUGUAAUUUCAAAUAUAAAAUAAAAAAUAAAAUAUACAACAAAUAUGAUUGCAAAGAAUUUAACAAAACAAUUCCCUUGGAUGCUGUAGAUAUGAAUAAUAAAAAUAUGUCCAAAACACAAGCUAUAUGCCCAAAAUGCACACAUGAUGAAGCUUAUUUUUACAGUUUGCAAAUAAGAUCAGCAGAUGAGCCUAGUACACUUUUUUAUAUUUGCGUUAAUUGCAAUUAUCAUUGGAAGGAAUAA